UCAACAAAUCCCUCUUUCACUAUUCUCGAGACAAAAUAAAACCCCACAACCAAGCCUUUCUUUUUCACUCCCUUUUCACACACGUUUCGCCGGAUAAUCCCCAUUUCUCCGCGGCCGCCACCCGCCGCCGUAAUUCAAGAUUUCACUCACCGAUUCAAAUCCUUGAUAAUGCUUUCUGGGUUUUAUUAAAAACUCGAUUUUUUUCAUGGGUUUUCAUUUUUGACUUGAAUUAAUUGAGAUAUAUAUAUAAAUUUUAAUAAUUUCUAAAAAAUGGAACAUUCUGGAACAAGUGGGCGUUCAGUAGCAUUAGAAAUCGAUCUAAAUGAAGCCCCACUUCCAUCACCUCGUGAAUUCGCCGGCGCCGGAAGUGUUUUCUCGCCGGAGUUCCGGUGCCGGUCUUGUGGUGAGGUGGAAGGUACGAUGGUGGUUUGUGGUGAUUGUGGGAGAAGGUUUCAUGUUGAAUGUUUAGGGGUUAGAGAAGAACAAAGAGAAUGGAAGUGUUUUGACUGUUCGAUUCAACGGCGUAGUGCGAAAAGAUUCCGCCGAGCUGCCCCCGGUGGCAGUGGUGGUGGUCUAGGGCUCCCUGAUAUGAAUGCACCUCCCCCUCGAGAAGCCGAAGCCGGUGAUGAGGGAUAUUUUGUGAAUUCAGAGCUAGUUAUAGCUGCCAGCUUUCCUAAAAUGCAGGAUCUACUGCGUAACCCUUUUCUUGGAUUUACUUUAAGUUCUCCAAUGGCCAAUUCGGAUACGAGGUUGAUAGCAAAUGGGUUUCCUUCCCAAAGCGUGAAACGAUUUGCACACAUUGAUCUUGAAGUUGAAGCUGCAACACAAAAAGGCAACUUGGUGUAUUUGCAGGCACUUAAAGAUUACAUUUCUGAAAAACGAGGGGUGUUAGGAGAUGGGUGGUGUGUUAGAUUUGAGUACUCAGAAAAUACUUGCAAAACUUCAGCAAUUUACUUCGCCCCAGAGGGAACUAGAUUCACCUCAAUGUCAGAAGUUGCUCAACAUCUUGGUUUGAUAUCUGCAAAUAAUUCCAUCGGAACAGAAGAUAAGGGUAGUGGUGUCACUAUAUUACAAAAAGGAUCACAUUCUACCAAAAGAACAAAGUCACAGAUCAGAGAGCAUAAGAACAUUUCGCGUAAUGGCAAAAAUGCAGUAGAAGCUGAUCCUGUGACAAACGGGUCGAAAUCGUGUCAUAAUGAUUUUCCAGUUCAGUUUGAAGACUUUUUUGUUAUAUCAGUUGGGAAAAUUGACCCACGGGUUUCAUUUCACAACACCAGUCAAAUCUGGCCAGUGGGUUAUCGAUCUAUUUGGCAUGAUAAAUUUACCGGGUCCAUUUUUGUCUGUGAUGUUUUAGAUUGUGGUCAUUCUGUCCCGGUUUUCAGAGUAAAUAGGUACCCUUGUACCAAUCACUCGAUUCCAUAUGCUUCACAAGUGCUCUGCAUGACAAAUUCUGAACCACCUAAUUGGGCUAAUGAGACAGUUCAUGAUGAUGAUGUUUCAAAGAUUCACAUGAUGUUUACAGAUUAUUCUCCACCACACUAUCUGGAUGAUGAUAGUUCAUGUUAUUUGAAGAUAGCAAGUUGUAUGACUGCUGAACCCGAUGUUAAUAUUCAAAAAGCUAAUGAUGUCAUUGGUGAAUUUUCAGUAGAGGAGAGCUCUUCUUCGUCUGCAUGGCGAAAAGCUGUAGAAACUCUACUACAUGCAUGCAGGGAAGCAUACAACAGUAAAAAUGUCUUAAGUUUUUGUUGCAACCAUCGUGUCAAUGAACAUGAUGCGUCAUACAGCUUUGAUUCAUUAGGGAAGUUUAGUUUUUUAGCUGGUCCUCUUAAUAGCAUCCCGGAUAAAAUAAUGACGAUUGAUGAGCUUGAAGCUUCUUGCGAAGUGUUGCGGAAAUGGUUAGAACUUGAUAGAUUUGGUUUGGAUUUAGAAUUUGUACAAGAACUCAUUGAACAGCUUUCUGGUGUUACCACAUGUUCCAAUUAUGAAUCUUUGAAUGAAAGAUGUCAAAAAUCGAGUUCUCAAACUGUUAGAAGUGGGUUCUUUUUGGCUAUCAGUAGAGAUGGUUUACAACACGAGGCAGUGUCUAAUAGUCUCGGGGUAACAGACAAAAGAUCAAGUCCACCUGGCAAAACAGUCACCUCAAACCUUCCUCCUCAUUUGAUCGGUGAUGUUAUUCAGGUGUAUGAGACUUGCUUGCGGUUUCAUGAAGUUUUGGGGCUGGAGGCACCAGUUUCUAGACAAUUGCUGGAGAACGAGCUGAUGAAUCCAUGGGUUGAUGAUUUAAAUCCAUCGAAAAGAUCUUCAAAUGGUUUUCAAAAGAAUAGGAUCAUGAAUUUAUGUGAACUUAACAGAGCAGAUGAUGUCACCUCCAGUGUAGGUGAAAGUUCGGUAAAUACAUCAGAAGAAUACGAGGGAGAUGGUUUUCGUGCAGAAGCAGCUAGCAAAUGUGCAGGUGUUGAGCUGGCAAAGAUCCACAUGGAGUUACUGAAAGUAUUAAUUGAGGAUAUGUUAGGAAAAAUCAAGGAAAUCUUUGACCCAUUUGGUUCCAUAGAGUCAAGGUCAAGAAAAGGUAGGAAGAAAGAUAUAGAAGGUGCGGUUGGUAGCAAGAAGACAAAUCUUGAAGUUUUCCCUGUUAAUGAAUUUACUUGGCCUGAACUAGCCAGGAGAUACAUUUUGGUUGCAUUGUCUAUGGAUGGUAACCUUGAAUCUUCAGAGCUGAUGACUCGUGAGUGUGGUAAAGUGUUCCAUUGCUUGUAUGGUGAUGGUGGCACACUCUGUGGUUCUCUUACUGGAGUGGCUGCAAUGGAGGCUGAUGCCAUGGUUCUGGCAGAAGCUUCCAAGAAAAUAUUUUCUUGUGUGAACUGUAAAGUUACUGACUUUAUAAUAGAUCAAAAAGAGACCGAUACAGGAGACGUUGCCAAAGAGGCGAUUGUAAUUGAUGAUGAUUCCCCUGAAUGGAGUCAAGCUCUUGAACCUGUAAGGAAGUUACCUACUAAUGUCGGGGCAAGGAUUAGGAGGUGCAUUAAUGAUUCUUUGGCUAAAAAUCCACCAGAAUGGGCCAAACAGAUAUUGGAGCAUUCAAUUAGCAAAGAAGUCUAUAAGGGAAAUGCAUCAGGGCCCACAAAGAGAGCCGUUAUCUCAGUCCUUGAGAAAGUGAAAGCUGAAAAUCCUCAGCAGAUACCUACUGAGAAGAAAGAAAAAGAAAAAGAGAAAGAAAAAGAAAAAGAAAAAAGUGGUGUAACACUAUCUGAUGCUGUUAUGAAACGGUGUCGUAUGGUGUUACGGUCUGUUGCUGCUGCAGAUGAAGAUCGAGUGUUUUUUAAUCUUUUGGCGAAACCUGUGUUGAAACCAAAUGAUCCUGAUGAUACGGGAGUACUUGGGUACCCUGCAAUGGUUUCUCGUCCAUUGGACUUUAGAACAAUUGACCUGAGAUUGGCUGCAGGCUUCUAUGUUGCUUCACAUGAAUCUUUUAUUGAGGAUGUUCGUGAGGUUUGGCAGAUAUUACGAAUAGCGUAUCAUGACAGACCUGAUGACAUUGAAUUGGUUGAAACGCUAUCUACAAAGUUUGAAGAGUUGUAUGAAGAAGAGGUACAUAACCUGGUCAGCAGAAUUACGGAGAGUGGUAAUAGCUUUGAUUCAUUAAGUGAAGAAGAGAAGAAAGAGUUAAACUCUCUUCUUGUCGAGACAAUGGAGAGCUCACUUCCCGCUGCGCCAUGGGAGGACGGGGUGUGCAAAGUAUGUGGGAUGGAUAAAGAUGAUGAUAGUGUCUUGCUUUGUGAUAAAUGUGAUUCUGAGUACCAUACAUAUUGUUUAGUUCCUCCACUUGCAAGGAUACCUGAUGGGAAUUGGUAUUGCCCGUCUUGCCUUUCCUGUCAAUCUAUUGCACAAGAUGAGCGUUGCGGGACUCGAGCACUGUCACGUUUGCGUGGUAGGAAGAAGUUUCAGAAAGAAUUCACAAGAAAUCUUUUGGAGAAAUUGGCUCCACUAGCAGAUACCAUGGAGUUAAUGGAGUAUUGGGAGUUGGGCAUUGAAGAGAGAAUUUUCCUUUUUAAAUUUUUAUGUGACGAGGUUCUGAGUUCUGGGGUUGUUCGAAACCACCUUGCUCCAGACUCUGGUGAUUUGGAAAAGAAGUUGCGUAAGCUCAACAAAGAGCUUAAAAGUCAAAAUAAAAGGGAGGAAAUUUUGGCUUCAAAUUUAGCAAAAGAAGUUGAAGAUAAAUCUCAGGAAGAACAUUUGUCUGCUUCAAAAUCUAGUGAUGCUCAAAGUCAAAUGCAAAAUGAAGAACAUGAUGAAAAUAGGAAUGCAGGCCAGGAUCAAGAAUCUGUUUUUGACGUCAAGGAGAGUGUUUCUUCUUUGCAAGAAAAAAUUACAAAUUUGGAAUCGAAAAUUGCUAAACCCGUAAUUCGAAGAGAGUAUCUGGGGCGGGAUUUAGUUGGAAGACUUUAUUGGGCUCUUAGCAGCCCAGACCGCAUUGUUGUUUCAAGCCCGCGAAGUAGAAGGAAAGUAUGUCCAAACUCUUCCAGCUUAUUGUCAAGAUUGAACGAAUUCGAAAUUUCUGAAUUGUACCCAUCUGACGACUCUAUGUGGACUUGCUACGAAUCAGAUUCUGAAAUUCUAGAUCUCAUUGGGUGGCUAAGAGACGAUGAUGCACGAGAGAAAGAAUUGAAAGAAACAAUCAAACUGUGGCAUAUAAAUAGAGUAAACGAAGUAAAUGCCCCUCAAACCGUUCAAGCUAAUCAAUCAAGUUCAUCUGCUUAUGGCACCAAGGCAAGGGCAGCACUGGAAAUGAUAUUUGGUUCUUCAUUUGAACAGGGGGCAAUUAUUCAGUACAUGAAGAAGCAGGGCCGCAAGUGUAAAAAGGUCAAUGAGGGGAACUGGUACAGGUGUGAUUGUUUGGAGUUAACAGGGCCCACUAGACACCAUUGUUCUUCAUGCCACUGGACCUUUCUCACUGAUGAGGAGCUAGAUGGUCAUAAUGAUGGAAAGUGUGAAAAUCUUCAAGAAUCUGAACAUUCCUCCAAGUGUAAAAGGAUUCCUUUGGUUAAACAGCCAACUAUUUUUGAUAUUCGUGAUGACCCUGAUUCACCAUUUUCAUUUGAGGAGAUCCGGGCAAAGUUUUGCCCUCGCAGUUCUCUUAAAGAAGAAGUCAAAGAUAUUGGUCUUAUUAGGUCAAAUGGGAUUCCAUCAUUUCUAAUGAAUGGGCCAACAGAAUUUCAGACACUGGAAAAACAAGUCCCAAGUGAGACACCAUCUAAGGUUGAAAAAUUGAAACUGAAGGGUACCAGUGGGAAAUCAUCAUUGAAGAACAGAACCCCAGUGCGUAUUUGUCAAUCCUCUUUGAAACCUGUAACUGGCCGUGUUCUUGAAAUUCUUCGGUGUCUUAAGAUCAAUUUGUUCGAUAUAGAAACUGCACUUCCAAAAGAAGCUUUGAGACCUUCAAGGGGAGGCUUGGACCGCAUACGUGCUUGGCGUGCUUUUGUAAAAUCAGCACAAUCAAUUUAUGAGAUGGUACAAGCAACUAUUAUAUUGGAAGACAUGAUUAAAACUGAUUAUUUGAGAAAAGAAUGGUGGUAUUGGUCAUCACCAGCAACUGCUGCUAAAAUUUCCAGCAUAUCUGCUCUUGCUCUUAGAAUAUAUGCUCUUGAUGCAGUGAUAUAUUACGAAAACCCCCCGACAUCCAAUCUAGAGCCCACAGAACCCGUUACACCUAAGGCUUCUAAGUCAGAAAAGAAAACUUCAGAAAAGCCAAAUCAAAAAGACUCUUCUGAAAAGUCAAAUUCAAAAACCAAUCAGAGGUCGAGCAGCUCACCUGUCACUGAUUCAAAACCUGCUGAACUUUCAAGACCGAAAACGAGAUCAAAGAAGAGAAUGCGAGAUUCUGACAGUUAAAUACAAGUAGUUAGAUUUAUGGCUGUUUGUAAAUGCUAGUAUGAAAAAUUGUCAAGAUGGCUGAUUCAUCGAUGCAGAUACUGAUAUGAAGCUUACCUAAGGUUGUUUGCAAAUCUGUUGUACAAAAUUUGAAAUUGAAGAGGUGUAGUUUUUGUGUUGUAGAUAUUCGUUUGUGGUUUCUUUAGCCAUUUUGUUGAUCAAGAAAGCAAGAACUAUAUAGAACUGAUGUUAUCUCAAUUUCAUAUUUAUAUAUAAGGAGGAUAGGAUUCCGUUUAA